UUUGAAAUUGAAAUAUGCGUUUCAGUUUUUAUUAUGAUUAUCAAGAUAAUCUUUUUGAAUUUAUUACAACCUUUCAUAAAAAUUUUCCUCUUCUCUUUACACCAAAUACAAUACAUAAAAAAAAAUUCCCCAUCCUUUCUUCUCACUAACCAUGGAUACGCUUGUAGCACUCUUGUAGUCAUCUUUGUCCCAAUCAUUUCGUUCCUUUUUAUAUUUUUUAUUUGGAAUUUUUUAUUUAGAAGUGCCAGCAGAACAUUCAAUAUUGUCGCUUCUUUACGCUUUCCUUUGAGUUACUAGCACUUUGGAAUACUUUUCAAAAAAAUGGGUAAGAAAGUUGAUUGUCUUUCUUUAUGAUCCAAUUUUUAUAUGAACUCGUAGUUAUGGAUACUCAAUGGCCUUAUUAGUUAAGUGAUAGAAAAAACCUUAUUUGCGCGCAAGAAAAUUUGCGAAUUUUUAACGCGUGCAAUUUUGCAUUCCGCAAAUUCCAUGUCGAAAUAUUACGGCUCAUUUACACCAAUCCGGCGUUACACCAGUGUAAUACUAUUUUCAUAUGAAUCUUCGAAA